CUCUACCAUGCAAUAAAUGCUCUCCAAAUCCAUUGAUUUGUAGUUGGAUUCCCUAACAGUGGACUUUGAAAUUUGCCAAAUUGAAAUCCAAUGCAAAUUCAUUUCAAAUCUAUGAAUUUGACAAGUUGAUGGAUUUACCAAAUUCCUAUUCUCAUUUCCUUGUUCCCAAAUAGGGCCUUAUGAAAUCCUUAGGAAAUGGAAAAUGAUGGAAUCCGAUUGUUUUAAUUAUUUUAUUUUUAUUUUUAUAUAAGAAAAGCUAGGAAAAGGAAAUUGUUUCUCAAAUGGUGGAAAUUGUCUUAUUAGGAGAAUUCAUAUUUUUAUUCAGAGGUAUCCACCUUCCCGAACAGGCCCCUAUCCGAACCGAAAUCAAGUUGCAACUACUUCUGGUUUGGAUCUCAGCCUUUGUGCAGCGUUAUCUUGCCUUUGCCCACCUCUCCAAAAUUUGCAUGAGGAGGCUACUGAUUGAAAGAACAGGAAAUAAAUGAAAAUUCCACACAAUUAUUAGACAGCCACUCAUUUCGAGCUUGGGGUGGGAGCAUUGGCUUCCAUGGCUGAACUUUUGACUCUCCUUCUGCCCAUUAACAGUACUAUACAAAAUUCGGCCAGAGCACUGUAUACCUCUGGCCUUGUGCUUCGUUUCUGUAUAUAGACUCAGAGCACUGAUACCUUUGAAUAAUGAAACUGGUGAACCUCAAUAUAUGAAAAUUUAUGAACAUUAGUGAUUGGAGUGAAGUUGUAGCAAGGUAGCCGUACCGGAAGGUGCAGCUGGAUUGCCCCAUUUCCAAGGAGAGCUAAUGCUUGUUGGGUAUUUUGAUCGGACACUGCUUCACACCCCAAAAAAUGCAAGCUACAUCUGUGUUAAGCUUGGAUAUGGAAGUCCUCUUGCAUUUUUCAACAGUGAAGUAAGACCAAGCUAAUGAGCUUAUUAUCCUAGGUUGGAAAAAGAAAUACAAGAUGUCUACUCUGCCUUGUGAUUCCCAAGAACGUGCGAAAGCCGGGUGGACACCUGCAGGUGAUGCUUUCCUCAUCGAGCUAUUGAUUGAACAAGAACGGCAAGGGAACCGAGGUGAGAAUGGAUUCGAGAAGGCAGCAUGGAAGGCAAUAAGUGACAUUUUCAAUCAGAAGCAUGGUCUGCAAUUUAGCCAGCAGCAGUUGAAAAGCCAUUUUAAUAUUCUCAAGAAACAGUAUCUCACUGUGACGGCGCUACUCGACCAAAAUGGAUUCAGUUGGGAUGAUACCUUGCAUACUGUGACUGCCACGGAAAACGUGUGGGAUCAAUAUAUCAUGGCACACCCCGAUGCAAAAAAGUUCAGAGGGAAUAGCCUACCUGUGUAUCGCGAGCUAUGCAAAAUAUUUGGAAGUUCAUUUGCUGAAGGUAGAAAACAACUUUCGACUGUUCAUCUCAAUCUCUCAGAUGGUGCAACCAUAGAGGGUGCCGCCACCCCAGUGACGGCCCGCGCCACAACGAUUUUGCCUAUCGUUCAUCGGGGCAAUCUUGAAUCUGGUUCAAGCUCGGGGAAAGAGAAUCCUUCAGGUGAUAGUGAACGCGACCAGCAUCAGUCCGCCAUGCUGGGAACUACACGGAGAAGGAAAAGGAUGCGGGUGAAUGUUGGUGAUCGGAUAUUGGAUUGUAUGGAAAGCCUGAUCUUGCAAUCUGAGCAGCUAAAUGCUCCGGGAGGAGCAUCAACUUUGAAGGAAGACUCCUACUACAAGUGCCUAGUGGAACUUCAGGAGCUGGAAGGAUUGGAACAUAACGAGAUUUUGCAGGCAGUAGAGGUUCUUAAGGAUGACCUGAAUAGGGUUGCAUUUAGGGCAUUGAAAGGGGAUAUACGCUUGAAGUGGUUGAAAGUGCAAUGUCGCGUGCAGUAGCUAGACGAAAAUUUUCUUAAAGGGUACGUAUAAUGAGAUUUCAUGAUAUUUGGGUGCAGCCAAACACACCCAAAAAGACUGUUUCUUGUUAUAGAUAAACAAAAUUUAGGACUUUUAAGACUAUAUAAUCUUCAUGGUUAUACAAUGCUUUUUUGUGUAGAA